GUGUCCAAAAAGCCAUGACUAAUGAGUAAGAGCUCAUGGGUCAGGCAUCUUUCGGGAGAAAUAUCGGUGGAUGCUGUUUCGGUCUUUACCUGACAGGUAAAGUCAACAGGUAGAAAGAUGAGUGACCCCAGUAAGCAAGACAUUAAGGCUAUUUUCAAGCGGCUGCGUUCCAUACCAACAAAUAAGGCCUGUUUUGAUUGCUCAGCAAAGAACCCCAGCUGGGCCAGUAUAACCUAUGGAGUAUUCCUAUGUAUAGACUGCUCAGGGACACACAGGUCCCUCGGUGUACAUCUGACCUUCAUCAGAUCAACUGAGCUGGACUUCAACUGGUCCUGGUACCAGAUACGAAGUAUGCAAGUGGGCGGAAAUGCCACUGCGAUGGCGUUUUUUGCCCAGCAGGGCUGCACAUCCAACGCCGCCAACACCAAGUACAACAGCCGCGCGGCGCUGCUCUACAGGGAGAAAAUCAAGAGCCUCGCCACACAGGCCACCCGGCGCAACGGCACGGAGUUGUGGUUGGACUGCCAAGCCCCCCUGUCUCCGGCUUCACCCGUCGACAAGCAGGAGGAUUUCUUCAGUCUGCAUAUACAGGCUCCUCCUAAAGAGUUGGUCUCAGCAGGCAUGAGCCUCAACUCCACCCUGGCUCCUGAGGAGACGUCUGCCAAGGAGCAGGACAAGGAAUCCAACGGCAAUUCAGAGGAGGGCCCUAGAGUGGAUGCGCUAAGUGUGUCCCCUAAAGCCACCGUAGAUCCCUCCUCUAUGUUAAAGAAGAAACCAGCGGCAGGAAAGAAAACGCUGGGCUCCAAGAAAGGCGGUCUAGGGGCCCAGAAGGUGAGCAGCCAGAGCUUCUCUGAGCUGGAGAAGAGGGCUCAGGCUGUGGAUAAGCUCCGCGAGGUGGACAGCACCACCACUAAGAAGAAGACCCCUCAAGCAGAAGAACCCAUAGCUUCCUCUCUCCGUCUGGCCUACAAGGACCUGGAGGAACAGAGGAAGAGGGGGGAGGAGAAGAUGAAGGGAAUGGAGGGGAAGAAGAAGGAGCAGGCUGAGCGUCUGGGCAUGGGCCUGGGCAACAGGAGUGGCAUGUCUCACUCUGUGACGUCAGACAUGCACAUCAUCGAGCAGGAGAGCCCAGUGGGGGCCAAGACCACCAAAGCAAAGAAGUACAUAGACGAAGAGGAGAACGAGGGCUCCUUUACUUCCAGAAUGUCGUCCAGGUUCGAUGACCAGACAGAGACCUCGGAUAAGUUCUUCACUCAGUGGGGUGAUGCUGGAGAGGGGGGCUGGAGGAAAGAGAGCACCAAAGCCGAGCCUGAUUUCUACCUGAGUGCCAUGACCUCCUCAUUGGACGACAGGACCACGUCCAGGCGGAAACCGGAACCAGUUCCCAUCACAGACUUGGGCGAAGCCCGGAAAAAGUUUGGUGACGUGAAGGCCAUCUCCUCCGACAUGUACUUCGGCAAGCAGGACGAGUCGGAUUACGAGGCCAAAACCAGGCUGGAAAGACUGUCUGGGAACUCCUCCAUCAGCUCGGCCGACCUGUUUGACGACCCGAAGAAACAGCCAGCAGGCUCGUACCGCCUGACCAACGUGCUACCCAACGCCCCGGACAUGUCGCAACUCAAGCUGGGGGUCCGGAACGUCGCUGGAAGGCUGUCCGUCAUGGCCAGCGGGGUGGUGUCCUCCAUCCAGGACCACUACAGCACCUAAGUCCAGUGUGAAACACUAUGCAUUUGGCAGUGGCACACCCAUUGGGGGGGGUUGGGGGAUUGAGAAGGUGGCUAGUGACACACAGAUGUAUGAAGGACACAUGCACAUACCAAAGGCUGCCAUAGAAGAGAAUGGGUAAAAGAGUUGUAGGCUCUGAAGGAAGAGAAAAAGGUAUGGGUUAACAUCCUGAACAGCAGAAUAUAAAACAUGUCUAUAUAAAGAGUUUAGGAUUUAGCUAUGUGUAAAUACAACAGCUUUUUGAGUUAAUGGAGUGUUAUAAGGUCAUGGAAUCCUCUAGGAACUGAGGGUGAUAUAUGCUGGAAGGCUUUUCUGUAUAACAAAUUUGGUUGUAUAAAGUAAUUGUUUUGGGACUGUAUUAUUUUUAAUACAUUUUGAAUGCGAAAGAUUAGCCUAUUUCAUUUUUGACGUUGACUUGCGAUAUUCAAAUCUUGUUAUACACAGUACAAUUAGUGGUGUUUUGGAGGGUAUUUUAUUUUCGCCACCCCCCCCCCCCCCCCCCCCCCCCCCCCCCCCCCUGUACUCAUAUUGGUGAUUGUAGAAGUCAUGCUGAAACAUCAGACUACUAGUUAUGUUUCUUUGUGUGUUUGUUUUCUUGCUCAGACUAUAGCCCGUGUUGACGCCUAAUCUAUUGGGUCUAGCCUCUGGCUCAUACCCAAGUGACAGUGAUUGAGGCCCUUUAAAACACAAACAAACAAUGUGCAAUGGGUGUUUGACUCAAUGUAAACCUGUCCAGCAAGCAUGGCGGAUCGUAGGUAAUCAAGAAAUGGGUGGAUAUAGCUCUUCGCGGUCUGUGGGUCGACUCGCAGAUUGUGGCCAACAGAUCUUGAUCUGGAAGUGUAUGUGUAGCGUUCGUUCAGUGCACAUAUCCCUUAUUUCCAUUGAUUUGAAAGUGCCCUUAUUGUCCUCUAAGUGCACUUACAAUUCCAAACACAGGACCAAUAUGGCUACAUGCGAAGAAGGACGGCCUUAUAUUUUUCUGGAAAAAGCAUUGAAUCCUGAAGGGGGGGGGACCAGGGGUUAACUUUUCUCUCUUUGUGUAUUGGCACCGUGUUUAAUACUUUGUUUUUCAAAGUGGGAUGUGUUGGUCGUUUAUAGAUCACACGUAUUAUACUGAGGGGAUUGAUCUAUCUGAGUUGUACUUGUAUUUUCUGCUAAAACGAGACAAGGAGACCUCUUUGAAGAACAAAACUCACAAAUUGUAAAUGGAUUGUUUAGGCUGUGGCAAGGAAAUAAUUGGCAAAUUAUUAUUUAUAUUUGUUUGUUUUUUGCCAGGAGUGACAAAGGAGGAUGGGGCUGCAAUAGAUUCAUAGAGAUGUUUAAUAUCACUAUUCAUAUAUUUGGCUACACCUAGACUGACCCUGAUGGGUGGCACGACGGUUGCACUACUUAUUAUUGUGAUGUGACCAUUUGUUGGAUGACCUUACAGUUGCGCACUAUAACAUGCGAUGUCCAUAAGGAAGGUGUGUUUACUUUAGUGAAAGUGUUUUUGUGGUGGUUUUGAGUUUGAGUGGCUGUAAUUUAGUAACUGUCUUUUUGCUGGAGUCAAUUAAUUAUUUGUAACUGACAGUGCCUAAUCCCAAAUCAAGCCUUACUCCUUUCUCUAAGCAGCAUUUCAGAUCUUGAGAAGUAUGGUGGAAUGGCAUUAUUGGGCCUCACUCCAGCUUGGCUUUUAUUGCUCCAAUUGAAUAACUCCUGUAAAUGCAUAGUGUUUUGGUUGUAAGCAUCUGAUUUAGGAUUGGGUUCUAGACAAAGUUAUAGCACACUGCCCAAUGUUCUCUUUCAUGUAAUCAUUUUUAUAUGUACUCCAUUAUAGAAUGAAGAAAAUAUAACAACAAAAAUACUUGUGUAUGAAAAAAGUUGUCCUUUUGAAUCUGAAUCACAUAAAAGAUAGAAGACAGAAAAAUAGGAAUGAUACGGUUCAUCUUUUUUACAUUUAAUACAUGCCUUAAUCCAAAGAGUUGCAUUGUAGCACGUUUCCCCUAAAAACAGUAGACAUGGCGCAGUCAUGUAGGGAUCUGCAGUUUAUGUUGCGGUGGGGGAAUCGUUUUUGUUUUAAUGCACAUCUUUUGCACAUGCUUCAUUUUAGUUUUUUUUCCGUAUUAUUUACCCGAAUGUUACCAUAAACAUGAGAUCCAGUAAAUUCAGGUCAUUGUGAUGCUUUUGUUUUGUAUAGAACUAUUAAAUGAUAUACAAAGUUAUGUUGAUUUUGCAUGGCUCUUCAGCUUUCAUCGUGCAUCCUGACUUCAUGAUCUCAAUUUUAAUAUCUCAAUACUUCAGUAGUUAGCAUUGAGAGCUCACAUACACCAAUACAUGGGGGGGGGGGUAAAUGGAUAUACGCUUUAGUAGAAAACAUUUUUAUAAAAUGAUAUAGAAAAUGUAUGACGGCUAUUAUUAUUUAUACAUUUUCAUGCUUUUAUGUAGUUCAAAUGAGGGAUAAUGUCAUUUGUGAAAAUGCCAAAUAAACUGUUACUCCCUUAGAUCCGUAUU